AUGCUAAAGCUUCGGAACCUCAUCGCAAGCCUCACGAUAGGGUACUUCACCUUCAGGGGUGUAACUGCCCAGUUAAACGGAUACGGAUUUGCGGCAUUGCCUGAUAAGCCAGUCACACCGGAAACGCUUUGGUACACCGCUUCGACUACAAAGGCACAGACGUCCCCUACUCUAGCCCACCUGAUCGACUCUGGAGAGUACCCGGCUCUCGCCAACGGUUGGUCGACGACAAUCUCCACAAUCAUUCAUGACGAUUUCGUGCUUCAGGACUUAAAGCCAAGUCGAAAGAUAUUGUCCACAACUUUAAGGAAUCUACCUUUAACCACCGAACCAUGGGUCAAGUACUCUUAUACGAAUUUGAUGUAUGCCACAAUCUCACAUGUUAUUAAGAUUAUCACAGGCAAAUGGCUUAGAGACGUGCUGAAAGAGCUGAUCUGGGUGCCGCUGGAUAUGGACUCAACCCUUUUCGAUCUCCAAGACGCAAGCCAUGCCCCUAAUCAACUUGCUUCGGGUUACUAUUGGGACAUAAAGGAAGGAAAAUACGGUGAGGCUCCUUUCAUAAACGUUACUGAGCUCAGCGGCGCCGGGGCAAUUUUCUCAAAUGUCCUCGACUUCGCUAAGUGGGUAAAAUGCCUACUUCACGAGGCAGCUCCAUUCUUCAAAGAGGUACACAGAGAUAUAAAGUCUUCAAGAAUGAUUGAACCCACGCAGCUGGAUGAACCCAGCGACAUGGUGACAUAUGGACUCGGCUGGCACCACAGCCUCUUUAAGGGGCAUGCUAUAUAUACUCACAGCGGAGGGGUGCACACCUAUGGAGCCCAAGUCUAUUGGUUGCCUAGUAUCAGGUAUGGCGUCGUUGCGUUCGCGAACACGGCCCUUACUUCAAAUGCCGUGGAGGAAAUCCUGGCAUGUAACUUGAUGCAGGACCGACUUAAAAUCCCAGAGAACGAGCGUUCUGAUGUCAAGUCUAAAUGUAAAAAGAUGAUGAAGGAGCUAGACCCUCCUGCAGAUGAGGCUGUUGAUAUUCUCUACCCUGAGCGUCCUCAGCCGCCGUUGCCGCCUACUCUGAACAUUACGGAGUUGGAGGGCAUAUCCUACGACCCAGGGUAUGGACGGAUUACGUUACGGGAAGACCCUCACCCUGGUGGAUCAGGUGAGAAAGUUUUUGUCGCAGACCGCCACGACAUGACGUGGAAGCACCAGAUGAGGCUGCAUCACGUUUCCGGUGACUAUUGGACUAUCUACCUGCCUGUUUUGGAGAAUCCAGGGUAUAUAGUCGAGUUCGUGGCUGGGGAGUUCAAGAUCGGGAGUAAUGGAAAGGUGGCUGGACUGCAGGGGGGAACGAAUAGGCAAUUAUUGGCUGUUAUUAGCUGUAACGCGGCAUGUUGA